UUUAACUCAAAACGAUGUACUAUCUGUCAACUUAGUGUGUCAGAAUUUGUUGUGUGUUUGUGCCGUCCCUUCUCAAAAUUCCCAGUGUAAUGAUUACUAACUAGUUGCGAUACUCGAGCUGUUAAAAAUGUGGAACUUCUCAGAUACUCUUAUAUACAAUCCUCACGAACAGUUUGCCCAGGAGGUCCAAACCGAGCAAAACUCAAGCCGAGACGUGACGACUGCAACUUACGAUCAACUAUUUAAGGACCGAAAUAGCUCUUUAGCGGUUAAUAAUAAUAAUACCACACAAACAAAUACUAUUAACAUGCUCGAAGGUCGCGAAUAUUAUACUACAUUUGAGGAGAAAGACCAGCCGGAUCCAGACACAAUAAAAAUGUUUGUCGGUCAAGUACCAAGAACUAUGGACGAGAAUGAUUUGAGAAAUAUGUUUGAAAUAUAUGGUCGAGUUCACUCAAUUAACGUUUUAAGAGAUAAAGCCACUGGCGUGAGUAAAGGAUGCUGUUUUGUAACGUACUUUACUAGAAAAGCUGCACUUUUAGCUCAGGAUGCUUUGCAUAAUGUCAAGACUUUAAGUGGGAUGCAUCAUCCUAUUCAAAUGAAACCAGCCGAUAGUGAAAAUAGAAAUGAAAGGAAGCUGUUUGUGGGAAUGAUUAGCAAGAAAUUUGGUGAAAGUGAUGUUCGACAACUAUUUUCUGGAAUAGGAAUUAUUGAAGAGUGUACAGUAUUAAGGGAUAACGCAGGUAACUCACGAGGAUGCGCCUUUGUAACCUUUAAUAAUAAACAGGCUGCGCUCAUAGCAAUUAAAAAUCUUAAUCAGUCGCAAACCAUGGAGGGUUGCUCAGCACCCUUGGUAGUAAAGUUUGCAGAUACGCAAAAAGACAAAGAAUUAAAAAGGCAACAACAAAUACAGGCAAAUAUGUGGACAGCUCUUACUGCUCCAAACCUGACUUCACCACCACAACCAUUCUUACCAUCGGAACCGGCUUCCAUGCAGCUGUUACAAGCUAUGGGAGGGCCUGCGCUUCUACAACAACAACUGUUAACCAACACAGACAACUUACUUGCACCAAUUGGAGUUCAAAACUUAGUAACUCUAGCAGCAAUGACACAACCAGCUACGGUAAAUCAAGUGGAAAGAAAUAUUCCAUCCACAUUGGGACCUCCAUCUGAGCAAAAUACAUUUCGACUAUUGGUUCCAAAUCCCGCAAUACAUGCAGCUGCUAUAGCCGCAGCAGGAAAACAGAUCGAAGGUCCAGAAGGUUGUAACUUAUUUAUUUAUCAUCUCCCUCCAGAGUUUACCGAUAUCGAUCUGGCUUCUAUGUUUUUAUCAUUCGGUCCGGUAAUAUCCGCCAAGGUGUUUAUAGAUAAACAGACCAAUUUAUCCAAAUGUUUUGGGUUUGUGUCUUUUGAUAAUGCUGUUUCAGCUCAAGAAGCCAUAGAGGAUAUGAAUGGGUUCCAGAUUGGCAACAAGAGGCUUAAAGUGCAACUGAAACGGGCCAAAGAGGCUGGUAAAUUAUAUUAGGUUAACCCUUUCAUUAGUGGGCUGGAUGCAAUGUUAGUAAAAUACGCAAUUUGUUAGACGAUGAUUUAUUCUUUAAGAAAAGUAAGGCAAUAUAGAUAUCUACUUCGU